AUGCACACAGGACGGCGUGUAGAAGAUCUUCCGACUCCGGUGUUCACCGUGGACUUGGAUGUGGUGAAGAAGAACACGCAGGAGAUGACAGAGUGCUUUCAGGCCCUGGGGGUGAACCUGAGGCCUCACAUGAAAACCCACAAGACCCUGGAAGGUGGAGACCUCAUGACAGGAGGCAAGCGACGAAGGAUCGUUGUCUCCACCCUGGCCGAGGCUCGCUUCUUUGCCGACGGUGGGUUUGAUGACAUCCUCUACGCCUACCCGCUGCCCUUUGACAAGGUGGAAGAGUGCGCGGCCUUGACAGAGCGCCUGGAGAGCUUCCACGUGCUAGUGGACAACCCCGGAGCCCUGGCCUUGCUGAAGAGGCAGCCUUUGAUCCAGGGGAAGCGUUGGAAAGUGUGGCUGAAGAUCGACUGCGAGAAUGGACGAGCCGGCUUAAGGCACACCGACCCAGCUGCCCUUGAACUGGCCCGGGCGAUUGCAGCAGGACCUACGGAGUUAGCGGGGGUCUACGCUCAUUGCGGGAACUCUUACCAUUGCCAAGGAGUGCCUGAAAUCCAGUCCGUGGCCCGAGCCACCACCAAGUGGGUCCUGCAGUUCAUGGAGAAGCUGCGGGAAGAAGGGGUGCCCUGCCCAGUGGCCAGCAUCGGUUCCACUCCAUCCUGUAGCCACCCCGUGACCGAGAUGGCCGAACUUCAGGAAGUCCACCCCGGGAAUUACAUCUUUUACGACGUCCAGCAGAUGAUGAUCGGCUCUUGCCAGCUGAAGGACAUCGCGGUCCGGGUGCUGACCCGAGUAAUCGGCCAUUACCCGCAUCGGAACCAGCUGCUGGUCGACUGCGGAUGGACCGGGCUCAGCCUCCACAGUCUGGGCCAGCUAACCACCGGCUACGCCCUUGUGGAGGGCCACCCCAACCUCAAGCUGGUGGGGAUGACACAGGAGCAUGGAAGGAUUGAGCCGGUCACCGGGAAGCUGGAUUGGGCCCAGUUCCCCUUGGGAAGCCUCCUGGCUUUGAUCCCUUACCACGCCUGUGCCACAGCGGCUAUGCACCCCACUUACUACGUCCACGUCAAAGGCCAGGUGGUGGCCACGUGGACGCCGGUCCGAGGAUGGUAGGAAGGCUUGAAGGAGAGCGCUUUUGACUGGGCCACAAGGAGGCGGUUUCCGAAGAAAGGUGGACGUGGCCUCCAGGCGCAGCCUUGUCGGGGGGCUGGUGGCCAGGCUGAUGGGAACCAGCAAAAAUUCUAUUAGCGUCAAAUCUUUGAUUCGUAAGAAUGGCGAGGUUGUCCCUUGCUUUUGCAUCCGGGCGGUCUAGGAACCCAUCCUGUGCUGCUCUAGCACACCGCCUCCGAACAGGAAGUAGAUUAAUGUUCUCGGAUACAAAGUUAAUAACAUGAUGAUUCAAAAGACGUCUUAAUGAAUGGGCCCUGGGUAGCCCAGCAAGCCCAGUCUCAUCACAUCCCAGAAGCUAUGCAGGGCCGACCCUGGAAAGUACUUGGAAAGAUGUUCCCCAAGGAAUACCAGGUCUGGGAUGCAGAGGCAGGCAAUAAUAAUAAUAAGAAG